ACAGGAUCUGUAUUAAUUUUUCCUGGUUGGGGCUUUGCCUGCAUCUGGUGGAAGGUCCAGGAAUUAAAGGUUCUAGUUCUGACUGGAAAGGUGGAUGGUGAGUUUUCAGUCCAUACAGAUGGGGCCAUGGCGCUGAGGUGUAGGCACCGCACCUGCGCAGGGCACCCUCAGUUGCAAGCACCUGGUAAAAGGGCUGACAUUUCUAACUUACAUAACGGUGCUACCCGCUCACCAUGCUGAGUAGGGGUAGCUGUGCUCCUGACUUGGCUGGCUGUUUCUAAUUCACCCCCAGGUGCCAUACAGGCCAGCUUUGGCCCUGUAAAUGCAGAUUUGUGAUGACGGGAUGGGGGAGGACUGAGGGGUUGGAUUUCAGACUGAGAGUGAAAGGCUGGUUUAGUCAGAAUGCAAAAGUGGUAAGAGGGAAGGCUGUAUGUCCACAGAAGGAAGUUCAGUUAUUAAAAUCAUGGAAGUGAAAUGAUUUUGGGCAAUUCGGUCCAAGUUGAGGUCGUGCUGGUGAGUGGCUGAAGUGAGUGUGGAUGAGGAUCUUUGCAAACUGAAAUCAGCUUUCUGUAACUGAUCCCAACACACUUGUCAUCGGUCUGACAAGUGACCGACACCACGCAAUGGCUCGGGCUGCAGUGGGGCUUCCUGGUGUUGGCACUCACUGAGCAGCACACUCAAGUUCUUAUUGAUUCUCUACUGUGUGCUCCUUGAUGAUCAAGUUAGAGCAGUGAAUGAAGUUGACGCAGGUCCUGAACCUUAGCACAGGCCUUUAGAUUUUACAUGUGUUGCCUACAAAGAGGUAACUGUGUACACAGAGGUGACCUGACCUGAAAUACAGGUUUGGUAACCAGGUUUUACUCUACUUGGCUCACGGAUACCCACUCUGAGAACCUGCCACCCCUCUGUCACCGUGAAUACCAAAAGAAGCACACUGACUGCUCUUUACCCUCGGGUAUCCAGUUGUCCUAAAAGAAAUAAUAAAGGAGGUGGCUAAAUGCUUUUUCUAAAAUGGCAGAGUUGACCAUCCAUGUUAUUGAAAGCACAAGAAGGUCCAGGACAGAGAGGACUGAUUCCAUUGAGAUGGAUGUUCAGGACUGGGGAGCCACGGAGAGCAACGGCCGGGCUCUGGCGGGGAGUGGGUCCUGUGGCCCGCAGGAGAAGGGGAGGUGGCGGGAAGGAGCAGGCAGGAGGCACUAGAUUAACCCGCUUGUUGGCUCAGGUUCCAGUGACUUUUGUCGACAUUGCUGUGUACUUCUCCGAGGACGAGUGGAAGAACUUGGACGAAUGGCAGAAGGAGCUUUAUAACAACCUUGUUAAGGAGAACUACAAAACCCUGAUGUCCCUGGAUGCGGACGGCCCAGUCCCCAAGCCAGAUGCCCCCGCCCAGGCUGAGCCCAGGGAAGAGCCGUGUGUGUGGGAGCAGCGCCACCCCGAAGAGAGAGAAAUCCCAAUGGAUCCUGAUGCAGGAGCAGAGCCCCUGGUUCCUGCACAGGAUGCGUCCUCCCAGGUGAAGCGUGAGGAAGCCCUGUGUGUCCGAGGUCAGCGCACCCUGGAGGAAAGAGCUAUCGCCACGGAAUCCAUUACUGACUCCCCAAUUUCUGCCCAGGACCUCUUGUCUCGGAUUAAACAGGAGGAGCAUCAGUGCGUGUGGGAUCAGCAGGAUUUGGCAGACAGAGAUAUUCCCACAGAUCCCAAUUCAGAGUCUCUCAUCUCAGCACAUGACAUUUUGUCAUGGAUCAAGCAGGAGGAACAGCCGUACCCAUGGGGACCACGUGACUCAAUGGACGGGGAGCUCGGAUUAGACUCUGGCCCUAGUGACAGCCUGCUGAUGGUGAAGAACCCACCCUCAGCCCCGCCGCAGCCUCAGCCCCAGCCCCAGCCCCAGCCGCCGCAGCCGCAGUCGCAGCCCCAGCCACAGAGCCUGGCCCCGAUUGCGGUGGCCGAGAACCCUAGCGGGCCCCCGACCCGUGGGCUGCUGGACGACGGCUUCCCUGCGCUGCCCGGGGAGCGUGGCUCGGGAGAGGCGCCGCCGGGCGGGGACCGCAGCACCGGCGGCGGCGGGGGCGAUGGGGGCGGCGGGGGCGGCGGCGCGGGGACCGGGGCGGGUGGCGGCUGCGGCAGCUGCUGCCCGGGCGGGCUGCGGCGGAGCCUUCUCCUGCACGGCGCCCGCAGCAAGCCCUACUCGUGCCCAGAGUGCGGCAAGAGCUUCGGCGUGCGCAAGAGCCUCAUCAUCCACCACCGCAGCCACACCAAGGAGCGGCCCUACGAGUGCGCCGAGUGCGAGAAGAGCUUCAACUGCCACUCGGGCCUCAUCCGCCACCAGAUGACGCACCGCGGCGAGCGGCCCUACAAGUGCUCGGAGUGCGAGAAGACCUACAGCCGCAAGGAGCACCUGCAGAACCACCAGCGGCUGCACACGGGCGAGCGGCCCUUCCAGUGCGCGCUGUGUGGCAAGAGCUUCAUCCGCAAGCAGAACCUGCUCAAGCACCAGCGCAUCCACACGGGCGAGCGGCCCUACACGUGCGGCGAGUGCGGCAAGAGCUUCCGCUACAAGGAGUCGCUCAAGGACCACCUGCGCGUGCACAGCGGCGGCCCGGGCCCCGGCGCCGCACGGCCGCCCCCGCCACCGCCUGAGCGAGACUAGGGCCGGGCUGGGGGAGGGCAGGGCUGGAUCGAGAGGGCCGGGGGAGGGCAGCCCAAGCACCGACCACCCUGCCCAGUGUCCUCGGCCACAAACUGGAAAUUGGCAACAGGCAUUGCAGACCGGUUGGGAGCCUUCUGGGUGGGGCAGGGGCCCCCCAGAUCUGUCUGGUCUAAAUGGAUGCCCAGCUUGUCUCUAGGGUGGACCCACUGGCCAGGGAAGGCUCCGGGGGACCGAGAGGAGCUGAGCGUGCUCGGGCACCGCCCUCACACCCUCUCGGUGCCCUGGGGCCACCCGGCCACAGAUGGUCAUCAGGGGAAGCCACCAAGGAGUCCCGAAGCCCUUCCAAGACCAGGAAAUCAGGUCCCAAGGUUAGGAGAUGCCCUGAAAAAAAGCGAAGGCCGAGGGAUGUGCUAAGGGUAACACCUUCAUGAUGACAACACUGCCUCGCGUUUCAAUAGCGCUUUCUACUUUUCUAGAAGUGUUUUCUAUCCGUUAUCCAGUUCACCCUUGGCCUAUCCCUCUGAGAUAGGUGGGGCAGGAUUUUCUUGGUGACUGAGGAAAGUGAGACGCAGGUGAGAUGAUUCGCCCAAUCACACGGGAAGAGGCGUGCACGGCCCCACUACGCUUACCGCCUACCUCCGCUGCCUGGGAGGCCGCCGGCCUGGCCCUCCUGGUCUCCCUUUCCUCUCACCCACCAACAAAAUCAGAAGUGACAGGAGGCCAGUUCCUAGGGUUCCUGGGAGCGGGGAACAGAUUGGCUGCAAAACACCCCGGGUUGUGCUUCCACAGGGCUCUUCCUCCGUGGGAGCCUCUGGUGCCCCCUCACCCCCAGCCUGUCUCUCCCGCCUCCAGCCCCUCAAUCUGGUGCAGUAGCAUCUUGACACUGCACAACAGUGGCCUGAUCCCCCACAGGCAGCUGGGUCCCCGGGUCAGACCUCACCGUGGUGAUUUGUUCCACUUUUCCCAGGGCAAAGGGGCGAGGGAGAGGCUUUUGCUGAGAGAGCAGCCAUCACCUGUCUCUUCCCCGGAGCUCCGGGCAAGUGGGUGCUAGAGUCUGAGACUCAGGCUCUCCUGCCCUGGGCCUCCCAAUUGGUGCUAUCUGUUACUGCCCGUGCUCACGGACAUGGACACAGACCCUGCUGUGCCCCACACCCUGCAGGCGCCUCGGGAAGCGCCCAAAGGACUCCCCUUCACGUUGGUGCACCUGCUCCAUGGCUCCGGGCGCUGCGACCCGAGGGGCCACAGUCUCCAUUUCAGCAUCUUGCAUGGCCAGGCACCGGGUGGGGUGGCAUGCCCCAGGACCCUUGUUUGUGUCAAAAAUGACUUUCCCUGCCCCUGCCGUGGGUCCCGCGUCCCUCCCAGGUGGGAGUGCAGUGAGCAGCCGGCACCCGGCACCACUUUGGUGAGCACCCUGCUUCCGCCCUCGCCCUCAUCUACGCUGCUCCGCUUUCCUCAGACCCCUUUUUGCCGAGCAAAGGGAAUUCCUGAAGUUAAAUAAAAGGUACCCAGAUUGCAGACUGCAUGUUCACAGAGCUGGAGGGUUCUCCAGCUCAGCCUACAGUAAAGCCUCAAUGAACUGGAAUCCAA